AUGCAAGGCUAUUGUCAUGGUGCUUUGAUGCAAGUGAACGACCGGUUGGGAAACCGACUGCCUUCAUUAGAGGAAAUGCUCGCAUUACGGCACGAGUCCUCUGGGUGCAGACCACUUUAUCCCUUAGUAGAAUAUGCCCAUGAUCUCCAACUCCCAGAUGAGGUUUUCGACGAUCCUUGCAUUCAGGAGUUGGAAGACCUCGGUGUAGACAUGGUCGCAAUUUCUAAUGACAUUUUGUCGUAUCAAAAAGAACAGGCGGAAGGUGUUCCACAUAACAUGGUCAUAGUUUGUCAGCUUCGGGGCUUGUCCGCGCAGCAGGCGUUUGACACGGUCGGCAAACUCCUCGAGAGCUGCUAUCGACGGUGGGAAGAAGUCGAAGGGAUUGUCCCGCACUGGGGCGCUGAAGUCGAUGCGGAGGUGCAAAGGUAUAUCGAUGGCAUCAAGGCAGUGGUGAAAGCCAACCUAAACUGGAGCUUCAAAACUGCGCGUUAUCUAGGGCCGGCCGCAUCCGAGAUUAAACGUACUCGGAAGCUCCAGAUCCCGGCGGAGCCUCACGACUAUAGACUCUGGUCAGAUGAUACCUAUAAUUGA